GGUUCCCUUCUAGACACGACCCUUUUUCAUUGGCUGGUUAGUACGACACGUUUACGACACUGAAUUACGUUUUACAGCAAAACAUGGCGCCACAUUGAGGAGCUCGGUGAAGGAAUGAGGCGUUGAACGGAAGACUGAAGGUCCAGACAGGUUCGGUUCGGUUCGGUUCGGUCCAGACAGCAGCAGCAGCUGCAGCAGCACUGAGCUAAGGCUCGAGAGGAGCAGCGGGGGAGCUGAGGAGGUGACAUGGCGGCUCAGGGAGGCAUCCUGUUCCAGGAGAAGGUCAACAAGCUGCUCAGCAGACACAACGGAAAACCAGCUCUGAAGCCCAACAGACCUCUGGCUCUGAAAGAUGCGGUAGCGAACCGCAAACUGAAGAAAGGAGAGGCCUCCUGUAUCACCGAGAUGUCGGUCCUGAUGGCCUGUUGGAAGCAGAACAACUUUGUGGACGGUCUGUGCUCUAACGAGAUGAACUCCUUCUACACUUGUGUUGAGAAGACUCAGGCUGCUAUGAAGAAUAAAGGUGAACAGACCACCCACCAGGGAGGACGUCUGCACCCCAAACAAGCCACAACCCUGCUGAAGAGAUUUCCCAACCUGCGCACUGAGAUCUAGGAACCACACUGUUUAAUGCAGGACUUGUACGGACCUGGAAUGUGUAGGCUUUGGUCAGGUGAAGGAGUACCCCGUACUGGACAUGUUAGAGAAAUAAAGGAAGGAUCAGAGCACUGAAAAGGAUGAUUUCAACACAAAAGCACUGCACCAAUAUGUGAGGCAGUAAGGUUAUUCAAUCAGUUCACGUGACUAGUAUUCUGUAAUGGUACAGCCUUUGUAUUCUCAGCACACUGCAUUUUAUGGUUAGUAAAUGUAAAUAUAAUGUAACUUUGUCGUGGUGUCCUCAGUUGGCUCCAUUUAGUCGCAGUGUAAUUUAGCAGAGUGUCUAUCCAGUGCAGAGAUGUUACUAGUGGAUGAUGGAGUGAUGGAUUCAUGGCUCCUGGCUGGGAGCUGACCGGGAUCACUGAAAGGUCUCGUCAUUCCUGUGGAAGCUGAGAUUGGUGGUUAACAGAUGGUGAAAUAAAGUUAAACUGAUAGAUUAACAGUUUUAUGUUUCUAUCAGUUCUUCUUUCCUGUCAAACCA